AUGGCCACUGCCGAUAAUAAAACUUCAUCACAUGCAUCAAAUGUUUAUUUAUUCAAAAAUGGUUAUGGAAUGAUUGUUAAAACAUUUGAAUUUCCUUCAAGUAAAAGUCAUGAUGGUAAACCUGUAGAACUUCUCGAUCCACCAUCAAAUCCUGUACAUGGAACAUUUUGGAUACAAUCAUUAUCAAAUAAUACUUCAAUUGGUUCUAUUCGUACAAAAAAAACGCAUAAACUUGUUGAUAAAGAAUGUUGGACUGUAGAAGAUUUACUUGAAGCUAAUAUUGGACAAGAUAUUGAAUUACUUGAAAUAAGUUAA